UAUGCAACGAAAUUACGUGAAUCGAACAAACUAGUACACUGAUUGACGAAGUUUGGUAUUUGAAUGUUGUUUGGCCUCACUCAAGGUUGAGCGCAUCAUUGGCUUUACACGUCAGCUAUGAACUUAACGUCUGUUGUGAUAUUUUGUUUGUGUAUUGGGAUUUCACAAAGCAUUUUCUUUCAUAUGAAAGAAACCGAAGAGCGGUGCUUUUUGGAGGACGUUCCGGAGGACACUCUUGUAGCAGGAAGCUAUAAGUUAUUGGCUUCAAAAGGAAAUCAUUUUGAACGCUCCAAAGAUUUGCAUGUUAAAGUUAAGGUUACUGAUCCAUUUGAUCAAACUUUGCUCGACCGUGUGUACUCUUCGGAAGGACGCUUUGUUUUCACUGCUCAUAGACCUGGCGAAUACAAAAUAUGCGUUUCAUCUGAUUCUGGUGCUUGGUUUGGUGGAUCACAAUUGAGAGUGCAUCUAGAUAUUGCAGUUGGUGACCACGCUUUGAAUUAUCAAGAAAUAGCUACGAAGGAUAGACUAAACGAUAUCCAACUCCGAAUUCGUCAGCUACUCGAUCAAGUUCAAAGCAUAGCCAAAGACCAAAAUUAUCAGCGCAUAAGAGAAGAAAAUUUCCGGUCACUAAGCGAAAGCACAAACCGACGUGUUACUUGGUGGAGUGUUGCUCAGUUGGUUUUGCUUAUCUGUAUUGGGUUCUGGCAGAUGCGUCACUUGCGUGCUUUCUUCCAAGCCAAAAAACUGGUUUGAUUCGGUUACCACGUGUAAAUUCAUAUCCACCCACAUCCAUUGUGAUAGACUUCUGUAAAUGUAACAUCUACAAAACGCGUGUGUGGAAAUAUUUUUUAGUCUUAUUCCCUAUCAUCUGUGUAUCUUUCAUUAUUGUCAGUUCAUUUACUCAACUGGCAACUAAUGUGAAUCGUAUGUAUCAAGUAUAUCCUGUAAAGCGGAUUCUUUUAAUACGCACCCAAGAUAUUUCUAAACUUCCUUUUAUUUGUCUUAUGUUUCCAAAGGUUUUGUAUCUCUGUAAUAACUGUAAUUUAGAUAUGUAAGGGAUAGUAUGUUUCGUUUCUACCUACGUUUAGUAAGCUUUCACUUGAAUGGUGCUUCUUUUUUAUCAUUGCGCUGAAUUCUAAAAAAUUAUUUAAGCCGCCAUUUAUUCUUCAUAAUUGACUCGGUAAGCCUAUGUAUCAUGGGUGUUGUCAGCGUAGCUUGUAAGAAUCAAUCAUUUGUUUAUUGUGAUUGUAGUCUAAGUAAAAAGCUAUCUAUUUAUAUUGUUUGAAGAAUAGUUUUUCAAUAUUGCUACUUUCCAAUUUGCUUCUACAAAGCUGUUGUUCCAAUUUGAGGAUAUUGAAGAUUUUAUGGUGUUGAUUAAAUGUCCA